AUGUGGUUUCGUGUCAUGGAGGGUGUGACUAGCUACCUGAUCACGGUAUCCCCCAGUCUUCGCCUGGACGAGCACCUGGCAUCCUCCGCUCUGCCUUUGCCCAGUGAGAGUUGGGAAAAAACAGACAGCUUCCGCAUCGUCGCCCGUAAGACGAAUCUCGAGGAAGCCCGAACCUCCUUCCUUACCUGUGAUAUAGCAGACACGGUUCUUCAACACCGAAAUGUGAUUCUUGCAUACGGGCUGGACUUCACCCUGGAUUCCUUUUUCUUCCGGGAAUUCAUUUUUGCCUUGGUAUUCAUUGCCUCUUACAAGGCAAAGUUCCACUCAUUUCCUGCCCAGUCGUACAACUCUAGAGCUUGCAAAAGUCGGCCACCUGGACUUUGCACAUCAAAUCACUUCCCUACCCAGAUCACCUGGGUAGCCGAAGGAAGAGUGGACUGGCCAAAAGGAUCCACUACUGGAGUUCAGCUCCUUGUCACUCACUUGGCGAGCGCCUCGCCCACUGAGACAAACUACUGGCAUGAGAACGUACUGAUCAGUCUUGUAUCAGUUACUGAUGGUGAGGCAACCGUGAGAGCUGCUAAAUGGGGCAUCGCCCAAGGAAAGACUCACUUCCAAAUCAACGUCCUUUCAUUUCUAGACUAUCGUCCUCUCACUUCUAGACUAUCGUCCUCUUACUUCCCUCACUUCUAG